ACAUCUGACUAUUUUUAUUUCGUAACGGAAUAUGUCCGGGGAAGAAACUUAAUGCAGCACAUCCAAGAGGACGGCUGGCUGGCUGAAGAAAAGACAAAAAAAAUAUUUGGACAAAUAGUGGGGGCUAUAAAAUACUGUCACGACCGGGGAAUUAUGCAUCGAGACCUGAAGCCACAGAAUAUUGUCAUCGAUGAACAAGGCAAUGCCAAGGUUAUUGGCUUCGGGCUGGGGAUAAAGUGCAAAGCAGGGACCAAACUGUACAAGCGAUAUGGCACGUACAGUUACAACGCGCCAGAACUCUUUCUGGGGGAAGGCUAUGAUGGGAAAAAGACUGACGUCUGGAGUCUAGGGGUGAUUCUCUAUUUCAUGACCACCGGGCAUCUACCCUUUGUAGGGAACACCCUGGAAGAGCUGCAGGCCAACAUCCUCACAGGUGCCUACAAAGUUCCAAGCCAUGUCUCUACGCAGCUAGAAAACCUGAUACACCAACUACUGACAGUUAUUCCAGGGAAGAGACCCACACUUAAAGACAUCCAGAAGCACCCAUGGGUCAUCACACGUGAGGAAUACCCCAAAAGCAUCCUGAAACCUGAGACUGGCCUAGACCCCAUCAUCUUAGGAGUGCUCAGAUAUCAUGGUUAUGACCCACACCAAGUGCGUAAGUCCAUGAAGAAUAAGAACUUUGAUGAUCACAUGGCGGCAUACCUACUCUUGAAGGAGCAGGCUCGCCUGGGUCUCGGGAUUGGCUAUGGCAUCCCAGUAAAGCCUGUUGACCCUGGCCCUGCGCCUCCCCCAUCGCCUGCAAAUCCCUUCAUCUUUUUUGCUCCCAUCAGAAGAACA